GUCCAUUACUAGGUAUUGCACCUGGGAAUUGAUGCUCUGAGGCUGACUUCCUACCUACCGUCCGUACAUACCUAAGCUUAAGCACCUGCACGCUGGUCCCAUCAAGAUCUCGACCUCUUUUCCUUCAACCCGUCCAUCCAUUGCUAACUAAUCCUCGCCUUGACUUUCGUCUGCGCUCCGAGGCUUCGUUCUAUCGUAUUGUCUCUUUUCCAGCUCCGCCAUACGCUCAUUACUCGUCUGUUUCUCUGCAUCACAUGUAUCCACAGCCUACCUCGCCGUGACGACAUCACCUCCAGAUCGCUCCUGACCAUGGCACUGGAUCGUGAUACCUUCAAUCGCCGGUCUUUCGGCCCCUCGCUCCAUACGAGCAUAAAGCAGGCGCGUGUCCUCAUGGUUGGUGCUGGUGGUAUUGGCUGCGAAUUGUUGAAAAAUCUUGCCCUCACUGGCUUUGGCGAAGUCCACAUUGUCGAUCUUGACACGAUUGAUCUGAGCAAUCUUAAUCGCCAGUUUCUAUUUAGGCAUGAGCACAUCAAGAAAUCAAAAGCUGAGAUAGCUAGAGAAGCUGCCCAGAGAUUCAACCCCAAUGUGAAAAUCGUUGCCUACCAUGCAAACGUGAAGGAUGCCCAGUUCAGCCUCGAGUGGUUUAAGUCGUUCCGCAUUGUAUUCAAUGCGCUGGACAAUCUCGAAGCAAGACGACACGUAAAUAGAAUGUGUCUAGCAGCUGAUGUUGCCCUUAUUGAGAGUGGAACUACAGGUUUCAAUGGACAAGUACAGGUCAUUAAAAAAGGUGUUACUGCAUGCUACGAUUGCAGCACCAAGGAGACACCCAAGUCUUUUCCAGUUUGUACCAUUCGAAGUACGCCUAGCCAACCUAUACACUGUAUCGUCUGGGCAAAAAGCUAUCUUCUCAACGAGAUGUUCGGCACCAGCGAGGAUCAGGCCUCUCUCGAUACUUCCGAGAAUGAAGACAACGCCGACGAAAUAGCAGAGCUUAAGAGAGAGUCUGAAGAAUUAAAAAAGAUUAGAGGAUCAGUUGGAACAGAGCAAUUUCCACAGAUGUUAUUCGACAAGGUUUUCAACAAAGAUAUUGUGCGAUUGCGAUCUAUGGAAAGCAUGUGGAAGCACCGGAACCCGCCAGAGCCUCUCAAAUAUGAGUCGGUCCUAACACAGACUAAGGUUGAUAUUGAGAGAGAGGCUACAAUCCAGGACGGGCAGAAAGUAUGGACACUUGAGGAGAAUUUGGUAGUCUUUAGCGACAGCCUGCUUCGUCUGAGCAAGCGCGUGACGGAAAUGAAGGAGCAGCAUGGUGAUGACUCUCCGCAAGCUAUGAUAAGCUUCGACAAAGAUGACCCGGAUACCCUUGAUUUUGUUGCUGCUAGUGCCAAUAUCCGCUCGUAUAUCUUUGGUAUUGAGCGGAAAUCACGCUUUGACAUUAAGCAGAUGGCCGGCAAUAUCAUACCAGCCAUCGCAACUACAAAUGCGAUUGUGGCAGGGCUUUGCGUUCUCGAGUCCUUCAAGGUUCUCAGGGGCGAGUUUGACAAAGCACAAGAAGUAUUCUUGACGCCUUUCGCCGGGCAAAGGUUGCUAGCCCCAGAUAGACCUCGGGCACCCAAUCCCGACUGUCCCAUCUGCGGCAACUACCAAGCCAGCGUAUCUGUCGAUCUCUCGCGAGCAACGCUGGGCGAUCUUGUGGAAGACUUCGUGAAACUACAACUCGGAUUUGGCGACCGUGAUUUUGCGGUCAACAGCGAGGCAGGCUUACUCUAUGAUCCCGACGAAACCGAUAACCUGGAAAAGCUACUUAGUGAACUUGGCAUCAACCAAAACAGCUUUGUGACCAUUGUUGACGAAGAAGACGAGGACACUUUUAUGAACGUUGUCCUUAAUAUACAAUCAUCUUCAAUUGAGAGCACAGCGAAACCGAUCAAGGGACUCGAGCCAGAUAAGGCCCCAGAAAUUCCACGCAAGCCUAGAAAGGAGCCCGCAGUUGAGACUAACGGCGUAGAACUACCUUCUCGCAAGCAUGGGCUUGAAUCGACAGAGCCUUCAAGUGAUCUUAAGCGCCCAAGAGCAGAUGAUGCUGAUGCCCCUCUAGCGAAAAAGAAGGCUAAAAUGGCCGCGACAGAUGACGUGGCCCUAAUAGAAGACAGUGAGGCGGGUAUAGGUGCUAUCACCAUCGAGGAUGAUUAGCUAACCAUGUGCAUCUCAUCCUAUGAGCGCGUGU